AUAGUUCCUGAAUUUUUAGCUGACAAUAAUUAUCAAAACUGGAGUGCUUGCAUUAGGAACUAUUUGUUAGCGAACGAUCUGUGGGAUGUUAUUGAAGAAACCAAUGAACCUCCAAGUCGAGAAGAGGCUGAAGCUGAAUUUAAAGCUUGGAGGAAAAAGAAUGCAGCUGCUUUACAUGCCAUUCAAAUUUCUUGCACGUUCGAAAAACUUUCUCAGAUCGGAGAAACCGACUCUGCUAAAGUUUGUUGGGAGACUUUGGCAAAAAUGCACGAGAAAAAGGAAUCAGUAAAUCAAGAUCCUGCAGGGAAGGAGGAUCCAUACAAAAGGUUUCUACCUCUGUGCCGAGUCAUAGAAAAAGGGGAUUUGAAUGGUGUUAAGGGAUUCCUUAAGUCUCAUCCAGAUGCAAUAAACAAAAAGAUAGCAUUGGGUGGCUUGACAGCUCUUCAUCUAGCGACUAUAAGCGACAAAGAAAAUAUUGUGAAAGAGCUCGUGAAUUCAAUGUCAGUCGAAGACUUACAAAUACUGGAUGAUAGAAAGACCACUGCUUUCUUUAUUGCUGUUAGUAAUGGAUGCAUGAGGACAGUGGAUUUGCUAUUCAAAAAGAACAAUAAUUUAGUUACUGUACCACUAGGCACAGAAUUACCUGUCAUCACUGCAUGCGGAAAAGGCUUUAGAGAGCUAACUCGGUUUUUAUAUUCCAAGACUCCAUUUGAAUUGCUACUUCCCGAGAAUGGUACUUUUGGAGCUCUGCUUCUCCACUCGUCUUUUUUCAACAAAAUGUUUGAGAUUUCACUGGAUUUGAUCCAGCGUUGCCCAAUGUUGGCCGUUACAAAAACACAUUUCAACACUAACCCUCUUAUUGAAUUAUCGUUCAUGUCUGAAUUAUUUCCUAGUAGCAGCCGUUUACCCUCUUGGAAACGGUGGAUAUACUCGGGUAUUCAAGUGCAAGUACCUGUCUUUUCUAGAGACGUUAACAUAAUGAUUGAGCAAAGUGGCCAAUUGAAUGGGAGCAACGUUUUACUAAGCGUUUUUGCAGGGCUCCGAAGCCUGGGCUCAAUUGUCCAAGAAAUAUUUGGAUUUAAGCAAAUUUAUGAUAUGAAGUUGACACACAGCUCAGUUAUCCAAAUUAUAAAUUAUAUAUUUGAAGGCACUUCGAUUACAAAUUUUCCAGAUAUCGUAGAAAAAGGAUUAGACAGAGCGUUAUUCUCUGCAAUUGAACAUGGGACAAUCGAAAUUGUUAUUGAAAUAUUAAAAGUCAAUCCUUCGAUUUUCAUACUGGAAAAUACCAGAUUUAGAAGCAUAAUCGAAUAUGCUAUCCAACAUCGGCAAGAAAAAGUUUUCAGCCUUAUAUAUGCAGUCGGAGGAUGGAAGAAUUUCUUGAUUUAUGGAUUCGAUACAAAUAAUAAUAACACGUUACAUGUAGCAGGAAUGUUGGCAUCUCCAAAUAGACUUGCUCAUAUUUCAAGUCCAGCUCUGCAAAUGCAAAGAGAACUGCAAUGGUAUAAGGAAGUAGAAAGUAUUGUUAAACCUACAUUGAAACUGUAUGUCAACAAAGAUGAUGAAAAUCCUUGGCAAUUGUUUACAAAAAGCCAUAAGAAAUUGAAGGAAGACGGGGAGAAAUGGAUGAAAGGGAUUGCAAAAUCUUCCACAGUCGUAGGUGCUCUUAUCAUUACAAUUAUGUUUACUACAGUAUUUACUGUUCCUGGUGGAAAUAUUCAAGAAACUGGAUUUCCAAUAUUUUUACGUGAGAAAGCAUUCAAGGUUUUUAUUGUAGCUGAUGCAAUUUCUCUAUUUGCCUCCUCAACUUCAGUAUUAAUGUUUUUAGGAGUCUUGACUUCGCGUUAUGGAGAAGAAGAUUUUCUUGAAUCAUUGCCAAGAAAGAUGAUCAUCGGUCUUUCUACCCUUUUCUUUUCCAUUGCAGCCAUGAUGAUAUCAUUUUGUGCUACUCUUAUAAUAAUGCUAGAUGGAGAUUUGAAACUAAUCAUUCCUAUAAUUUUGUUGGCCAGUAUUCCCGUUACUGUUUUUAUAUUUUUACAGUUUCCUCUACUUGUUGAGAUUUUUAUGUCCACUUAUGGACCGGGCAUCUUUGAUAAAAAUAUGAAAUAUUGGUACUAA